CUCCCUCUUUCUCUCUUCCGGCCGGUGACGUGUGUGUGCGGUGCUCGGGAGCGGUGACGUGUCUACGGAUCCUUUUCAUUGCGGGGAUCGGCGGCUGCGAGUCAGUCAGAGGACAGAGCCCGGCAGAAGACAGCAGCAGCACAGCCAAAGCCGGCCAUGGGCAUCAAAUUUCUUGAAGUGAUUAAGCCCUUCUGUGCAAUAUUGCCAGAGAUCCAGAAACCAGAACGAAAGAUCCAAUUUAAAGAAAAAGUAUUAUGGACCGCAAUCACCCUGUUUAUCUUCUUAGUAUGCUGUCAGAUCCCCCUCUUUGGUAUCAUGUCUUCAGACUCUGCAGAUCCCUUUUACUGGAUGAGAGUUAUCCUGGCUUCCAACAGAGGUACCUUAAUGGAACUGGGUAUCUCUCCUAUUGUCACCUCCGGUCUCAUCAUGCAGCUUCUGGCCGGUGCUAAGAUAAUUGAGGUUGGCGACACACCAAAGGACAGAGCUUUAUUCAACGGCGCGCAGAAAUUGUUCGGUAUGAUCAUCACCAUCGGCCAGGCCAUUGUGUACGUGAUGACUGGAAUGUACGGCGAUCCUUCUGAGAUGGGUGCUGGCAUCUGUCUGCUCAUCACUAUCCAGCUCUUUGUGGCCGGUUUGAUUGUCUUACUUCUGGAUGAGCUGCUGCAGAAGGGUUACGGUCUGGGUUCCGGUAUUUCCCUCUUCAUCGCUACCAACAUCUGUGAGACCAUCGUAUGGAAGGCCUUCAGUCCGACCACUGUGAACACUGGCAGAGGCACAGAGUUUGAGGGCGCUAUUAUUGCCCUGUUCCACCUGCUCGCCACUCGUACCGACAAGGUCCGUGCACUCCGGGAAGCCUUUUACCGCCAGAAUCUGCCCAACCUGAUGAACCUGAUCGCUACCAUCUUUGUCUUCGCGGUGGUCAUAUACUUCCAGGGAUUUAGAGUGGACCUGCCCAUCAAAUCUGCCCGGUACCGAGGCCAGUACAACACGUACCCCAUCAAACUGUUCUACACCUCCAACAUCCCCAUCAUCCUGCAAUCCGCUCUGGUCUCCAAUCUGUACGUCAUCUCACAGAUGCUGUCAGCGCGGUUCAGCGGUAACCUGCUGGUGAACCUCCUGGGGACGUGGUCUGAUACUUCCACCGGGGGUCCUGCUCGAGCGUACCCUGUCGGUGGGCUCUGUUAUUUCCUUUCUCCGCCGGAGUCGUUUGGUUCUGUGCUGGAUGAUCCGGUGCAUGCUGUCGUUUACAUCGUCUUCAUGCUGGGCUCCUGCGCUUUCUUCUCCAAGACCUGGAUUGAAGUGUCCGGCUCCUCCGCUAAGGAUGUUGCAAAGCAACUGAAAGAGCAGCAGAUGGUCAUGAGAGGCCACAGGGAGACUUCCAUGGUGCAUGAACUGAACAGGUACAUCCCGACAGCCGCCGCCUUUGGUGGUCUUUGCAUCGGAGCGCUUUCAGUACUUGCCGACUUCUUGGGGGCCAUAGGCUCUGGCACAGGGAUCCUAUUGGCAGUUACCAUCAUCUACCAGUACUUUGAGAUCUUCGUCAAGGAGCAGAGUGAAGUGGGAAGCAUGGGUGCCCUUCUCUUCUAAGCCAUUCAUUACAAGGCCAGUCCGCAGACCGGGGUUGUGAGCUCAUCACAUGACUUGGAAAACCAAUUUUUUGGUGUGUAUUCCAGGGACUUCAGAAAGGGUCGGACACCUUGCCGAGUUGGUGUCAAUUCUCCAACCGCUGUCCUUGAACACCCUGUUUUGUUUAGUUUUUUUGUUUUUGUUUUUACCCGUUUCGGCUCAUUUUAUAUAUUUGUGGACAGUGCAAGAACGUUUUUGUUUUUUUUCCUGGAAAUAUUUUAAUUUUGACUAAUUUGAGCAUGAAUUCAAAACAGGGCAUCUAUUUAAGUCUCGUCUCAAAGACUUCAGGUCGGUUAACGCUUCUGUACAGAGUUUGGAGCAAAGCUAUAUGGGUAUUAUCAGUUUUCAUUUUUUUUUUUUUUUUUUCAAUAAAAACUUUGAAAAUAAGUUGCGUUUUUCCUGCCCAGACUUCACGUUGGAAUUGAAUCAUCUGGUUUUUGUUUUACUGGCCGUAUCAUUCUUUUUACCACACCAAAUUAGAAGGACAACCCAUUCCAAGAGAGAUAACUGUUCAGGAAUGAAUGCAGUGUGAAUUGAGAUCUGACCUAUCAACUGUAGAUUGGCGCGCGCAGCACAAUCCGAGAACUCCUUAAUGUAGCCUUAACGUGACACUAAAGAGUAGUUGCAAUGGGGAUUUCUGUUCUGCUACACUACCUGCAAAGUACACAUCACAUUGACUCCUUACACGUUCACUACGUUGCAGUGAACGGAUUAAGAUUUGGUUCCAGUGGGGUCCAGAAAAAGUGUGCUGUGUAUACACUAUGCGGCACACAAGUGAAGUGUCGUUCAGACAUAUCGCUGCGGCUGUGCAGCACAACUAAUUGCCGAUAUAUCGGAGCAUCGCGCUGGGUGUGUGAGCGGUCAGCCAACCGCCCAUACGCUUGCUGUAUAGGCUGCCGGUGGCUGACAUCGCAUAACUGAGCGGGCACAUGUAAAUGCCAGUGUAGUUGUGACGUCAGGCACAACACAGCGGGCUAACGAUUGGUGUACCCGGCAUAAGUUCGCAAAGUAGUAGCUACAAGGCACUGAACUUGGGUUCCAAGUACAUCUGCUGUUCCACAUAAGGCUUUCUCAAUGGUGAAUCUGUUUUUAUAUAUUGAGGUUUCUUCGCCAGGACACAUAGGGUUCCACAGGGAACAUUGUGGUUGUAGCGCUGUAGUCAUUCUGUAGACCUGUACGUCGCAAUAUGUUCAUAAGGCAAUCUAAGCAGAUCUUGUGUUGUGCAUCCAAUAAGUACUGUUGUCUGAUAAAAUAAUCACCUGACCCCCUCUCUAGUAGUACCACGGGCCAGUUGCUGUGACGAGAAACGUUCCACCAGUAUGCACCAUUGCAGGAGACAGCAGAUGGCCCAUGUAAAUAGAUAUGUUAUUGGGUAAUUAGACCACCUUUAUGCGGCACAAUAAAACAUGGAAGCUGGACUCCAUUUACAUGGCUGAUCUGUAGACCUGACUCAGCACUGAUCCCCAAAUCUCAUGCUAGUUCCAGGUGCGUGAUUAGAAAGACUACACUCCCCAUCUGUUUCUAGAUAUAAUAUUCUCAUAUCUCGAAGUCCAGACACUUAUGUGUGGUUUAUGGGUUACAGUGACAUUUAUUCCCCAUAACAAUGAAUAAGGCAGAGAGAUUGACAAAGUAAGGUGGGAAAAAAGAAUUAUCAAUAUUUAAAUGGAAGUGCAAUAGGGGUGAGAAGUAAAACGCGUUUCGCUGUGCAAGAUCUGUGCGGCUCUGUGUCACUAUCCUGUUCGGUUUUCACCUGUGCACAAGGUAGAACCUAUAAAACCUUUAGCUCAACACGUUGUCUUCACACUUCCUGAUCCAUACUACUCCUGUGGACUGAGGAAUACGGUGACGUGAGGAAGUGCCGCAGGGUUUUUUUUCCCCUGAAUGUCAUAUGGGGAUCCAGUCAUGUGACCAACGCUUUAGUUCCAAUGAACUAUGUCACAGUAGGAUAAUUAGUGAUGUCUGCAGGGAUCUGACACAGGAUCUGCCUAAUUUUACAAUCUCUUUGUAUUCUCACGAGCACCUGUCCCCCUUUUUAUUACUAGGGACUUUUUUUUUUUUCCUAAUGUCAUACCGGUAAAAUAGAGAUCCCUUCAGCCAAUGGCUUUGGUAAUCGAAGGGCUGAAGUUGCAAAACUUGUAAAUAAAAAUAUGGGUGAGAACGGUU